ACAUUACAAACUCAAAUGGAUUCUUUCCUUAGCAAACUCUCUAUUCUAUUUGUUCUUCUACUCGCCACACCCUUAGCUCUAGCUCAGACUAGGGUCGGCUUCUAUUCCACCUCUUGUCCCAGAGCGGAAUCCAUCGUUCAAGCCACCGUUAAAAAACAUGUUAACUCCGAUUCCACUGUUGCCCCAGGAUUGCUCAGAAUGGUCUUCCACGAUUGCUUCGUUCAUGGCUGCGAUGCAUCGAUUCUUAUCGAUGGCAGCAAUGCUGAGAAAACAGCUAGGCCAAAUCUUUUGUUAAGAGGAUAUGAAGUCAUUCAGGAUGCCAAAACACAGCUAGAGGCAGCAUGCCCCGGAGUCGUGUCUUGUGCUGAUAUUCUUGCUCUGGCUGCUCGUGAUGCCACAGUCGAAGUCGGUGCACUGACUUAUCGCGUGCCUACUGGCCGGAGAGAUGGACGAGUGUCAUUGGCGUCCGACACCGCCAAUUUGCCGAGUUUCACAGACUCAGUCGCGGUCCAGAAGAAAAAAUUUGCAGAUGUUGGUCUUAGCGCUCAAGAUCUUGUAACUCUUGUUGGAGGACACACUAUUGGAACAGUGGCUUGCCAAUUCGUGAGCUACAGAUUAUACAACUUCACAAACUCCGGGGGUGCUGAUCCUACCAUCGAUCCCUCGUUCCUUCCUACACUCCAAUCGCUUUGCCCUAAAAAUGGCGAUGGAAAUAAACCCAAUAGUAUACGAUAUUUUUUUUUAAUCUUAUAAUAUCAAUGACUAA